AUGAUUGUGGCCAUCAAAAAGCAGCCUGGUGCACCUAAUCAGGAACUUAUCGAAGAGGUACGCUACUUGUCAUCAAUCAGGCAUCAAAAUAUUGUGAUUCUUUUGGGAUAUUGCCAGGAAAACAACCAGCAAAUGCUUGUUUAUGAGUACAUAGCUAAUGGCAGUGUUUCCAGUCACUUACAUGGUGCAGCUCAGAUCUCCAAUGAACUGCUAGAAUUCAAGAAUAGGCUUUCAGUAGCUCUGGGAUCAGCUAAAGGUGAUCAUUUGCAAAAUCAGGGAGCAUUGGUCGCUUUCCUGGUAUUGGAUUUCUCUUGGUAA